UUAUUGUCUACUUUGGAUUACGUUUGCUUUCUUUGUGCUUAGGAUAUUGAAUCCCAUCUGGGUUUUAUUCGAAUCGAUUCAUAUUCUUGCCAAACUUUGUUUUUGGGAUUUGUGGGUCUUGUCUCAAACAUGGCAACGAAGCUGGGAAUGCUCCAUUAUGUAUUGGACCAUGUUUAUGGUGCAUUCAUGCACAGAACCAAGAUCAGCCCUCAAUUUUUUUCAAGAGGGUGGGGUGGUAAACAGCUCGAAUUGCUGGAGAGGAUGAUUAAUCAGCUGUUUCCAGAAGCUGCAGGGCAGAAUUGGCCUCCGGUUUUGGUCCGGCCCACUUGGAAGACUGUUUGGGAGAGCAAGAGUGCUUGUCUUCGAGAAGGGGUGUUCAGGACUCCUUGUGAUGAGCAGCUUCUUAGUGCAUUGCCUCCUGAGAGUCACACUGCUAGAGUUGCUUUUCUGGUACCGAAAUCGGUUCCCCCUCAGAAAAUGGCUUGUGUGGUUCAUCUUGCAGGGACUGGGGAUCAUUCAUUUGAACGAAGGCUACGACUUGGGGGACCAUUAUUGAAGGAAAACAUUGCAACUAUGGUGCUUGAGAGCCCUUUCUACGGACAAAGACGUCCUAUGCUACAGCGUGGUGCAAAGCUAUUGUGUGUUAGUGACUUGCUUUUAUUAGGAAAGGCAACAAUUGAAGAAGCCCGCAGUCUCUUGCAUUGGUUAGACUCUGAGGAAGGGUUUGGGAAAAUGGGUGUUUGUGGACUUAGUAUGGGAGGAGUUCAUGCUGCAAUGGUUGGAUCACUGCACCCUACACCUGUUGCAACUCUUCCUUUUCUUUCUCCACACUCUGCUACUGUGGCAUUCUGUGAGGGAAUAUUACAGCAUGCUACUGCAUGGGAAGCACUGAGAAAAGAUCUUGCAGUAAUGACUCUUGAGGAGGUCAGAGAACGAAUGCGCAAUGUUUUCUCUCUCACAGAUGUGACACGCUUUCCAAUUCCAAAAAACCCCGAUGCUGUGAUCUUUGUCUCUGCUACUGAUGAUGGGUACAUCCCAAAACACUCUGUGCUAGAGCUUCAGAAAGCUUGGCCCGGUUCAGAAGUAAGAUGGGUCACUGGUGGACAUGUCUCAUCUUUCCUUCUCCACAAUGGUGAGUUUCGCAGGGCCAUUGUUGAUGGACUUGGCAGAUUAGAAUGGAAAGAGUCUCCUUUAUGACAUUGGCGUUACAUAUGAAUAAGACCUUG